CUGCUUUAAUUUAAUUUAAUUUGAAAUGUUUUCUACAUUCACUUUUUUUUGUCUGAUUCCUAAAGCACUGUUUGCUUAGUGCAUGAAAAACACAGUAAAUUAAUUUGACUUGCCUUCACCCUAAAGUCUAAUUAAAAGGUACAAAGGUAUAUUAGAGGGAUCAAAAAAGGUACAUAGGUGCAAAGGUAUAUUAAAGGUAUAAACCUUGCACUUGAAUAAUUCUAGUCCAUAGACAAGGUUAAGUACAGUUCGCUGCCUGGAUGUUUUGGAACGCGGUUGUUUUGGUACAGGGAUUAUUUUUUGGAUGUUGCCGCGUUCAGAUAUCAGAAUGACAAAAAUCUAGACAUAGAUAUAUCGCGAUAUCGAUUAACAAACAACAUAUCGCGCUGCUAUAGUCGAUCCGCGUAUGAUUAAAGCUUUGAGGGCGGACUUAGAGAAACGUCAGAGCCAUUAAUCUAUUUAAAGCGCGUGCGAUCAGUGGCACAGCUUCACGCGUAAAGGCGCAUCAGUGUUGAGAGAAGCGAAUGGAUCUGAUUUACGCAGGAAUAUCGCAACCGCGACGGAAGAAAUGAAAUGCGCUGCGUUCGUGCGUCUCAAGUUCACACGAGGAAUUUACUUGAAUUUGUGACCCUGGGCGCAGGAUGCCCGUUUCGCUCUUUCGGCGGAAAGACGUGCGGCGCUCACAAGUAAACAGUAGACUGAUCCGACUCCAGCUCGGAGAGCCCUGAUGUCUUCAUUUGGUUUUUGGCAUUCGGUGAUGGUGGAUUUCUCUCAAAUUACCUGCACGGAGCUCAGCAGCAUCCGGUUAUCGCGCGACUCCGUGCGCACAGACAAGACUUCUCUGUAAAGACAGAAACACAAACACGAAGGACUUCACUUGGAUACUGUGGAUAAAUGGAUGAUGAACGGCAUUAUUUAUGGGGGAAUCCCUCACGGAUACACUCACUCUGAAGCAUUUUGGAUCCUUCAAUGCCACCCGAUCCAUCUGGAACUGCGUUUUUAUGUGAACUGCAGGUCUGCAUGGGCCCAAUUUAAGCUCCUUCCAUAGGAACUGAGUCUAAAAUGAAGUUAUGGGAUGUUCUAGCUACGUGUUUGUUGCUUCUGAGCUCCGUAUCCGCUCGCCCUCUCUUCAACAAGCUGCAGCCUUCCAUGAGAGCUCCUCAAGACGAGCGUCGUAGUGAGCUGCUCGUUCUGGACCCAGUCAUAAACUCCCGUCUCGAAACAGCCAGCCUGAAACAAGCCUCCAUGGAAGAACAAUAUGACCUCAAUGGACUGCACCCAGACCAGUUUGAUGAUGUAAUGGACUUCAUUGCAGCAACCAUUGGCAGACUGCGGCGGUCUCCUGAGAUAGACUCUGAGGGCAGAGGAAAAGAAAAAGGGAAGCGCAGAGGAGCAACAAACACAGAGAGAGGAAUGAGAGGACGAGGAGAAAAGAAGCGAGGUCGAGGACGUGGUGGAGGCAGAGGGCUUAAAGGGAAUCGGGAUGAAUUGAUCAAAGGUCAAGGACGCGGGUGCCUUCUUAAAGAGAUCCACCUCAACGUGACGGACCUGGGGUUAGGUUACCAGACCAAAGAAGAGUUAAUAUUUAGGUACUGCAGUGGUCCAUGUUACGAUUCAGAGACCAACUAUGACAAAAUCCUGAACAACCUCACCCAAAACAAGAAGCUAGACAAAGAGUCACCUUCUCAGACCUGCUGUCGACCAAUAGCAUUUGACGACGACCUCUCAUUCUUGGAUGACAGUUUGGAGUACCACACUCUCAAGAAGCAUUCCGCCAAGAAGUGCGCCUGCGUCUGAUUUGUGCACUUGGACAAGCGAAAAGACACUUGGACAAAAUACAGAAGUCUCGCACUCCAGAGACAAAUGCUGCUUCUGGGAGGAAAAGUGCAGGUCUCGAGUCAUUGUUUAUCCCGCACAGAGAUGUAUGUCAGAAGUGAAGGAGUAAGAUUUGAUUUAAAAAAGUUUCAGGAAAAGCAGCAACAGCAACACUAGCGACACCUCAGUAUUCACUGUUACAAAACCAUGUCAGAGUAUUCUAAGCAGGGAUUGAAAUGUAAAUGCUGUCUAAGUGGCAACAAUAACAUACUCUAUCAGCUAGUCACAGAAAAAUCGCAACCCGACUGUCGGGAUAUAAACAAACUAUAAUUUCAGCUGUGUGGAACUGCUAGAGAUGGGGCAAGAGGUGUCUGCAAGAAGGUAGGCUGUGGACAGCACAGAAUUUGGACCUUUUCUGAAGCCCUUCUGAAGAAAUAGCUGAAUAUGCCUAUGCGGACAAGGCAGAGCAUCUAUCCAGGCUUAACCCACAGCAGCCAGAAGAGACUCAAUACAAAAAUGUUUAAUAUUCAGAAAAUUCUCCCACUCUCUCUCUUUCUCUCUCUCUCUCUCUAUAUAUAUAUAUAUAUAGUCUAUAUGAAAAAAAUGUAUUUAUUGAAAUUUAAUUAACUUAUUGUUAUUUAUUGCAAUUAAUUGUAUUAGAGUGUUUUUCCUUAUUUAUUUGUGAAGCUCCAUCCCCACCCCCCGACCCCCGACCCCACCUUGGAUGGUGCCAAAGUGGAGCAUGGGUUUUUAUGAAAAAGCAGAUGAUGUGAUGAACACAUAUUCUCACAGAUUAUCUGGGCUGGAAAACAAUAAUUUACUCAUUUUAGGACAUCAGUGUCUAUAGCCAGUUUUUGGUUUAAAGAUAACGUACGGUCUAACCAUUAAAAAAUAAUAAAAAAGCAAAUAAUUUAAAAGGAUCAAUUAUGCUUUUAAACAACCACAGAAAAGCUGACAUCUUAGUUUGUAACACAGACACAUCCAACACCUCACUAUAUCUGGCAGAACUGGAAAAAAUUGUCUAAAUUAGAAAGAAAAAAAUGCUAGGUCUGUGGUAGACCAGUAUCAUGUUUACUCAAUCAGAGCAGUUUAGGAGGGAAAAAAAAAAAGUUAACAUCAGUGCUCCAAAUGCUCUCUCAACCAAUUAACUGUUUGCUAGAGAAAAUACAGCUCUUGCCCAGUGUUUAUUUUCAACCAUAAUAAAGUCACUACAGCAAAGGUUUCUAGCACAACUGGGCUGUGCCCCAUGGAGACGCAUCAUCACAAACAGAAAACAUCCUUCCUAGUUGAAAGCUGAAAUUUACAUCCCAUUAAACAGAAAGGUGAUAAUGUGGCAUAGGUCCUUGAGGUUCCUCACAAACUCUUCCAGUAGGUUCUGCGCUCUAAAAAAAAAAAAAUGUCAGGCUUCUCCGUAGUGUUUCAAACCAAGAUUUCUGUCUCAGGUAAACGUUAACAAACCUCAUUUAAAAGAACUUUUAUCCACACAGCAUCCCACCACAUGCCCCGAAAAGCAGGACAGGCGUAGUACAAAAUCCAGACACAAACCUAGACACAAACACUGAAACAGGGCUUUCGUGAAGAGUCACACACACACACUAACAGAAACAGCUAGUGAUGUGUACGUCAUGGGAUGAGAGGACUGAUUUUGGUCUCGAUACCGUAGCUCACUGCCACAUGGAAAGGUCCUACGGGGAACGGCACAAUAUUUCCAGAGCAAUAAUUACAGAGCGAAACCAGGUCUCGUGCAAACAACAAACACAAAGCUCAAAAAAUCCAAGCAAUUCAGAUGUUCUGCUCAACAUGUAAUCCAAACAUAAUCUCCUCAAAUCAUAAUCUGAUCUCGAUUAGCUAAAUAAGAGGGAAAUGAUACGGUAUGUUUAACAGCUCAGCCCUGUGGCUCCAUCCUCACACACACACACACACACCUGUGUCCAUGUCGUGUCCUGUAAUCCUCUGUCGUGGUGUACGAUGCUUUGUUCAACUGUUAAAUGUCCUAUUGUGGUGACAAAAGUUUGUGGAAGCUUUUAACAAACUCUGCAAAAAAAAAAAAUACACAUGCAAAUUACUGUUUAAAAAAAUGUGGUGAAAACAAUUUGCAGUAAGAUUAUAAAGGGAAAGUUGACUGUAAAAAUUCCACCCUGCAUUGUGAGACCAG